AUGCCUUUCUGGAAAAAAUUUAAAAAGAACAAAAUUCCACAUUAUGUACCUCAUUCAAUUAGUAUAGUGGAUUUUGAAACUCAAAGCGAUAUGAUUAAUCAUUUACCGGUAGAAUUAAUCAAACAAAUCUUUAAUUACCUUGUUGAAUCAAUUGAACCAAUUGAUUCUCUUAAAGUUUGGAGGAAUUAUUUUUAUUUGCCGGAACAUGAUGAUAGUGCUUACUAUCCGAAAGAACGAUUAAUUGCUAUCGAGAAGCAAAAAUCCAUUCUUCGAAUGACAUGUGGACGAUGGAACGCGAUUUUAUUGGGAUUACUGAAUGAAAUCAAUAUUGAUAUCAUUAGUGAUUUUCGUCCCACAAAUUUACAAAGACUCACGAUUGUGAAUAAUGGUCAAUCAAAGGCUGUUCAAAGUAGACUUGAUGAUUUGUUUAUGGAAAAAGAAUUCUUUCAUUUAAAUAAUCUAUCCAUUAAUGGAUGUUCAGAUUUAACAAUUAAAGGGUUAAUGAAUCUUCCGAAACAAUUAACCGAAUUAAAGAUAACCAAUUGUCCUCAAAUUACGACUCAAGAUAUAAUAAUAUUAAUGAUGAAAAACUUGAAAAACCUCAAACAUCUAAUGAUUAACACAAAUCAAAUUUUCUUGGACGAUUCACUCUUUACUGCGAUUCAAGAAAAUUUAUUAAAUCUUUGUAAAUUAACAAUCUUAAUACCUUGUGAAUUUAAGACAGAAGAUUUGGAAAUCCAGUUACGAAAAUUUCCAAAUCAUAUCACUGAAUUAGUUUUAUCAUACGAUAGUCCUCAAAAUAUUCAUUAUCCUUUAACAAUGAAAGAUUAUGAAAGAAUGAAACCAAUCGAUGAUGAUGGUAAUACUUUAAAUCAACAACAAGUGAUUAUUCUAGAUAGUACAGAUUUGUAUCCCAAAUCCAUGACAAGAUUAGAUAUUUCUCGAUGCCUUUUUAAGAAUAAUGUUUUUGCAUUACCGAACACAUUGACCCAUUUAACAGUUAGUUAUCCAACUUUACCCGAAAAUCAUGAAAAUAUUAAAUUACCUUCAACUUUAGAAUAUCUUAACAUUUCUGGAUUUAUAUAUCACAUUUCAUAUGAAAGUGAAUCAAUUCAUCAAUAUCUUAAUUACGGAGAACAAUGGAUACAAAUGUUACCAUUAAAUGCGCCAUCUUUACAUACCUUAAUCCUUCAUUUAUAUACUCAUACUCCCAAAAAUUUAUUUUCUUAUAUCAAAUCACGUUACGCUCAAAGUUUAAAAUUUUUGGAUAUUUGUAUUUGUUAUUCACCAGUGAUUGAAAUCGAAACAUGUAACUGUGAAGAUAAAAAUCUUCUCGGACAAUGUUGUCGAAGGAGUAUGAUUCAAUCUUUAAUUAAUUUAACGGAAUUACGAAUUCAUAAUCAAGUGACUGAUGGAGAUUUUGAAAAUUUACCAAAUUCACUUAAAACAUUUUGUUUAUAUUCACAUUUUGAGGAACAUAUUAGUAAAUCAAUAUUGGAAAAUAUUAAAAAGGAUGAUAUUAUUCAAUUAAAAACUAUUCCUCAAGGAUUAUUUGAUUGUUCGGAAUCUACUACUACGGAAUGUAUUUGUUCAUGGUUUAUUACAGGAAAAUCAUGUUUAUAA